AUGGCCGCCCCGCCCUCGUCCUCCCCCGCUCCAGCUCCCCCUCGCCUCGUCAACCUGUACAACCGCCGCACGGUCGCCACGUCCAAGAGCUGCUUCGUGUGCCACCGCGAGACGACCACCUGCCUCGCCACCGACGGCCUCACCGACUUCCUCUACGUCUGCCCCUCGCACCUCCUCGACCCCGGCUUCGCUCGACCCGCUCCCUCGACCUCGACGCCCGCCGCAUCCCCUUCGCCGGCCGGCUCGCCCUCUCCCUCGCCCGUCCCCCAGAGCGAGAUCGACAAGGUCAAGAAGGAGUACGAGGACAAGCAGAAGCGCAAGGCCGAGUCGGCCUCGUCCGACAGCACCGACAAGGACGCCUCGUCGACCUCGUCGCCGGCGGUCAAACCCGCAGCCUCGACCGCGUUCGGCCUGCUCAAGACCGGCGCAUCCGCCCUCUCGUCCCUCACCUCGUCCGCCCAAUCCCAGCUCUUCCCUUCUCCCGCUUCACCGUCGCCCUCCGCAACCGACCUCGCACGCGCCGCCGCCCGCGACGCAAAGGUGUUUGUCCUCCAGCGCGACUUUUUCCGCAUGCGCAGCGAGGCCAAGCGGCGCGAGUGGGAGAAGCGCGACGCCAAGGAGCGCGGCGGGACGUGGAGCUUCCCCAAGGCGCCGAGGGGUGGGCUGCCGGGCGCGUGA